AUGGCCACCGAAUCGCAAUCUCUGGCGUCUACUGGCAGCAGCAUGUCAACCCAAUCCGUUGAGAAUCACGCACAAAUCGAGCCAGGCGACAGCGAUAAAAUUGCGCCUUCUCACCCCCUACCAAGACCCAACGAGAACGAGAUGUUCCAGCCAAAGAGCAUACGCUUCUGGUUGACACUGCUGUCUAGCUUUCUUGCGCUUUUUCUUGUCGCCCUCGACCGUACAAUUAUUGCCACAGCGGUUCCUCGCAUCUCGGAUGAGUUCCAAGCUCUGGGAGAUAUUGGCUGGUAUGGCUCUUCGUACAUGUUGACGACGGCAUGUGCCCAGCUGCUUUUUGGCCGCAUCUACAAAUUCUACGACAUGAAAUGGGCCUUCCUUUUGAGCAUCAUAGCCUUUGAGAUGGGAUCGGCGAUAUGCGGAGCGGCACCGAAUUCGACGGCAUUCAUCAUCGGCCGUGCCGUUGCCGGUCUCGGCUCAGGUGGCAUCUUUUCCGGCUGCCUCUUGAUUAUGAUCUCGAUGAUACCGUUACACCGCCGGCCAGCGUUCCAAGGGUUUUUUGGCAUGGUUUUCGGUAUCGCUUCGGUUAUGGGGCCCUUGAUUGGCGGCGGUUUCACCGGCGAGGUCACUUGGCGAUGGUGCUUCUACAUCAACCUCCCAGUUGGUUCUGUGGUCUUGGUCUUCAUGUUCUUCUACUGGAACCCGCCCAAGGAGAAGCACGAACCGGUCACCUACAAAACUCACCUCAAACGACUGGAUCCCCUGGGCAUGGUAUUCUUUCUACCUGGUGUUGUCUGCCUCUUCAUUGCCUUUCAAUGGGGUGGUUCCACGUACGCGUGGAGCAACUGGCGCAUCGUUCUCCUGCUCAGCCUCUUCGCGGCUUGCACAGUGGUAUUUAUUGCCGUCCAAAUCCUGAUGCCUGAUACGGCGUCAGUUCCCCCGAGGGUUAUCAUGCAACGAACCGUCGCCUUUGGUACUGGCUUCACUUUCUUCCUGGCAGGUUCCAUGCUAAUGCUUGUCUACUACGUACCAAUUUGGUUUCAAACUGUCAAGCAGGUCGACCCGAUGAGGUCGGGCAUUUACACGCUCCCCCUUGUGCUGAGCCUUGUCGCCUCGAGUAUCGCAGCCGGGGGGAUCACACAAAAGAUUGGCUACUACGUCCCAUCGAUGUUGGUCUCGCCUACCAUUAUGUCGGUCGGCGAGGGUCUCUUGAGCACAUUAAACCGCAACAGCCCGACAGCUCACUGGGUCGCAUUCCAGUUCCUCUCGGGCUUCGGACUGGGAUUUGGCAUGCAGACAUCGGCUCUCGCAAUCCAGACGGUCCUGCCCAGGGAGGACAUCAGCACAGGCAUCGCCAUCAAUUUCUUUGUCCAGCAGCUCGGCGGAGCCGUAUUUACGUCAGUAGGGCAAUCGAUUCUCACCAAAAUCCUGGUUUCAGAACUAUCCAACCUCCAAAAUUUCGACCCUAAGCUUCUCGUGAGCGAAGGCGCGACGAAGCUCUCGCAAAUCGUCCAACCAGAGGAUGCCGUCCAGGUCAUCAAUGGCUACAGCGACGCAAUACGACACAUCUUCUUGACAUCCAUGGGCUUGGCAUUCACGUCACUGUUCUGUGCCUUUGGCAUGGAAUGGAGAAGCAUCAAGAAAGACAGAUGGCUUAAGUGGCUCAACCGGGCCGCUCCCGGGGAAGCCUUUCUUUGA